AAAGGGCAGAAUGUCCAUCAGGGGGAAAAGGAGGAAAGCAGAAUAAAUAAGGUCCAGACUUGGAGACCUGAAGGAUCCAGCUUGGCACGGUUUCCAGAGAGGAAAAUGAGCGUAGGUUACGUCCUGUCAGUGUUUGUGAGGGAGCUGCCUGCUUCUGUUCUCUUUGCUGGGAUCUUUAUGCCCGUGACUUUACUCCUGCUGCUGCUAAUUGUCUACUUCAGGAUCAAACUCAGAGAAGUCGAGGAGGAAAUUGUCAUGGCACAAGACUCUAGGAAUGCCUUCAUGAAUCACCGUGGCCCAUGGAGGAAACCCAGGAGAUCCAGACAAAAUGAGAGCAGAUACAAGAACUCAAGGACAUUUAAGGGAGCUUCACGUCUCAGGAAGCAAGCUUAAACCCAGCACUCAGUGCUGCAGGGGUAACAAUAACCAGCUGUAAAUAAAUAGCACACAUGAAAACGAAACUGGAGAGGAGAAGCCAGUGCUGUGCCAUCCUAAUGAAACAGCUGCUGCCAUCCAGAGGUCUUGCAAGCAGCUCUGAGCAGCUCAGCAGAGAUCAGAGGCCUCCUGCAAUGGAACUGCCUUGGUUCCCUUGUGUGCCCCAGGAUUUGGGGGGAGGGACAGUGCCCUACUCACCAGCCCCUCCCUGGCCUGCCAAGGAGAAAGGACAUAAUGAGCUCCUGAGAGAGCUGAGCUGGCACAUCCAAGGCAGGCAGCCUUACGGAAUCGAGAUGCAUAAGUAACAAGUUGAUGUCAAGCACUGACAUCUGGGAAAUUUAAAAGGGUUUUGAAGGGGAAGUGACAUUUAUUAGCUUGUACACUUCGGGAAAGAUUGUGGGUUUUGUAAAGUAUCAUUUCCACAGAAUUUGGAAGCAAAAUGUAACAGUAGCAGGAAACAAAAGGAUUUCUCUCUGCUGACCAGAAACGCUGAAUUUUGAAACCAUGGAAAGCUGUAGAUGCAGUUUUAGGUGCAUCUCAGAUUGCCUGUGGCAGAUGGCCCACAACAGUGCAACUCAAAUAGUUUGCAAGUACUACUGGCUGUUAUCUUCUCUGACUCUCAAGUUUAAACCCAAACUGGCAAGGAAUGAGAAGUGACUUUCAUUACUGUCCUCAGUGUUUACUGUCUCUGUCUGCUAAUGAUUGCUGUCUGCAAUUACCUUUCAUUAAAGCUGUUUGUCAUUACUCA